AUGCGGUUGUGUCGGAAGCGGAGGCUUUCGGAAAAAUACUGGAGAAGGAGUCAGUCUCUAAAUCGUCGGAAAAUGCCUCGAGGAGUGUAUAUCCAUCUUCCCGGUAAUAUGACUGUUUUUCUCCAAAUAAACACAAAUAGGAGCAGGGUGGCCCAAGCUUUGGCCCUCCACACACUUAAGGAGAAGGAAGCAGAUGUUCUGUGUAUAAGUGAACCAAACAGCAUACCUGACCACCCGGGAUGGGUAGGACGUACUGAUGGGAAAUGUGCCCUGUAUCUCCAACCAAAUCUACAAGUGUUGAGAACCGGCUCUGACAUAGGUAUUGCAUGGCCUGAAUUGGAGACACUAAGAGUAUACAGCUGUUAUAUCUCACCGAAUUGCAGACCCGAGGAAUUCGAUGACUUCUUAGAGCAACUGCACAGUAGCGCCAGCGAAACCACGACAGAAGUAAUUGUCUCUGGAGACUUCAACGCGCACUCCCAAGUCUUUGGCUCGAGCAGAAGGGAUCGGAGAGGGGAAGCUCUACUGGAUACAGCGCAGUCUCUAAAUCUCGUUAUUCUUAACGACGGCAAGACACCGACUUUCCCACGCGGGAACUCAUUCCUAGACCUAACUUUUGCGACACCGGGCAUCAUCAGAAAACUUAAAACAUGGGAGGUGCUAGAGGAAGAGUCAAUGAGCGACCAUCAGUAUGUGUUCUACAGCUUGAAAAAGACGGAGAAGAUUAUUCAACCCGGAAGGAGCUGA